AUGAACAAGGAUAAGAUUUUCAAGCUAGCUAAGGGCUUCAGGGGAAGGGCCAAGAAUUGCAUAAGGAUUGCCAGAGAGAGGGUGGAGAAGGCCUUGCAGUAUUCCUACAGAGAUCGCCGUACCAAGAAGCGAGACAUGCGCUCCCUAUGGAUCCAACGCAUCAAUGCUGGCACCCGCAUCCAUGGUGUUAAUUAUGGGAAUUUCAUGCAUGGGUUGAUGAAGGAGAACAUUCAGCUGAACAGGAAAGUUUUGUCAGAGCUGUCCAUGCACGAACCAUACAGUUUCAAGGCCCUGGUAGACAUCUCUCGCACUGCCUUCCCUGGGAACAAGAACGUGGUGCAUGCUCCCAAAAAGGAAGGCCUUUCAAUGCUUGUGUAA